GGAAUUUUGGAUAUGGUUACAAUGACAAAAAGCGAGGAAUUGUUACAGUAAAGCCGCAUAAAACAUAUUAACACAUUACAACAUAUGUGUUAAUACCACAAUUACCCAAUAACAGGUUGGUUGCGGAGGGCAGCGGAAACAGCGCUUCCCGUACUUACUACUCCUCUCCGUUGGUCGGCGCUGAAUUACCGCAGUUAGUGGCCAGUUCAUUUCUGUUUACACACGCACCCGGUCAUAUGACCACAAGGAAGAGUGUUUACGUUUUCCUACUCCUAUCAGGCCGAAAAUAAUAUAACUGUGUUUUCUGCUAACGAACAGCAAAAUGACAAAGCUUCAGAUCAUAAACACGUUUCUGACGGAGCGCCUGAUGGCGGCGCUCAAUGAAAUCAUGGACAUGGUCGGCGGAACAGUCCUGCAGUAUGAGAAAGAGCUGGACAGCGUACAGAAAGACAACGAGUACCUGAGACGAAGACUGAAGGAGACCGAGAAUCUCAUCGAGUCGAGCGGUAUAAUGUCCCUGCCUAGAAAAUGUGCUGUCGGAGGCAGCGGUCCAGAUGUCUCAAACCCUGCACCAGAAUCAACUUCACAGCAGCUGAAGUGGACUUCUAGCUUUGAAACAGAAACAAUGCCUACAGAGAUCUAUCAGAACCAGAACCAGCUGUUCAGAGUGGAUCACGUUGUGGAAUCAUCGGGGAAAACAAGAGGCAGUGGAACAUGCUUUUACAUUAACAAAAGUUGGUGUACAGAUGUAACAGUGUUGAAGAAGAUGCGCUGUCCUAAUUUAGAAGCACUCUUCAUCAACUGUAAGCCUUCUACUUGCCACGGGAGUUUUCCUCAUUUAUUCUGGUGAAUGUGUACAUCCCGCCACAAGCAUGCAUGAAUGCAGUGCUGCAACAGCUGGCUGAUCACAGAUACAGAGCAACAACACCCAGACUCUCUUAUCAUUAUUCUGGGAGAUUUUAGGAGGAUGUGUGCCGGGACUUCCGGAAACAAAAGACUAGGAAAGCUUCAGGCCCAGACAAGUCUGUGCUAACCAGCUAGCCCCCAUCUUCACACAGAUUUUCAAUAGAUCACUGGAGAAGUUUGAAGUUCCCUCUUUCCCUCAAAAAACCCCAAAUCACAGGACUUAAUGACUACAGACCUGUCGCUCUCACGUCUGUGGUCAUGAAGUCAUUUGAAACACUGGUUUUGGCCUACCUGAAGGACAUCACUGGAGCCCUGCUAGACCCCCUUCAGUUUGCUUACUGAGCAAACAGGUCUGUGGAUGAUGCUGUCAACAUGGGACUGCAUUAUAUCCUGCAUUACAUCCUGCAACACCUCGACAGACCUGGACUUAUGCAAGGAUCCUAUUUGUGGAUUUCAGUUCAGCCUUCAAUACCAACAUGACUGAUCUUCUCUCAACCAAACUGACCCAGCUCUCUGUACCCACCCCAAUCUGUCAGUGGAUAACCAGCUUUCUGACAGAUAGGCAGCAGCUAGUGAGACUGGGUAAAAUCACAUCCGGGACCUUUACUAUAAGCACUGAUGCGCCUCACGGAUGCAUUCUCUCUCCACUGCUCUUCUCCCUGUACGUGAAUGACUGCACUGCAAAGGAACCCUCUGUAAAGCUCCUGAAGUUUGCAGAUGACACCACGGUCACUGGCCUCAUCUGCGAUGGUGACGAGUCUGCAUACAGAUGGGAGGUUGAACAGCUGGCUGUCUGGUGCAGUCACAACAACCUUGAGCUGAACAUAUUCAAAACAGUGGAGAUGAUAGUGGACUUCAGGAGAAAUCCCCCCCGCCCAACAAUCGUGAACAGCACUGUGGCAGCAGUGGAGUCAUUCAGGUUCCUGGGAUCUACCAUCUCUCAGGACCUGAAGUGGGACACCCACAUAGACUCCAUUGUGAAGAAGGCUUAGCAGAGGUUGUAAUUCCUUCGCCAGCUGAGGAAGUUCAACCUGCCACUGGAGCUGCUGACUCAGCCGUCAUUGAGUCUGUCCUGUGAACAUCUAUAACUGUCUGGUUUGGUUCAGCCACCAAAUCAGACAGAAGGAAACUACAACGGCAGUCAGGACUGCCGAGAGGAUUAUUGGUGCCCCACUGCCCACCCUCCAAGACCUGUACAUUUCCAGAGUGAGGAAACGUGCAGGUAGAAUCACUCUGGACCCCACACACCCUACCCACUCCCAGGGUCGGGGAGUAACGAAAUACAUGUAAUGGGAAUAGUAUUUAAAAUACAAAAUAUAAGUAACUGUAUUCCCCUACAGUUACAAUUUAAAUCAUUGGUAUUUAGAAUACAGUUACAUUCAAAAAGUAUUUUGAUUACUGAAGAGAUUACUUUGCAUUUUAUUGUCAUUUGUUUCAUUUAAUAUUUAGUCCUUUCAGAUGGAAAACAUUUAUACAUAUAAAUGAUGCGAUCCAAAGUGCAUUUGAACAGCGGUGAAACACUUUCUUAUGAUGUGUUACAUUCAUACGAGCAGACAGAGAAGUAAGUUUGAGGUAAGUUUGGAGCAGAAGAAAUAGAAAUAAACCUUGUGUAAAUUGUCAGCUACCAGGCACGAUCAUAUUUUUUAUCAAGAAAAUUCACGU